AUGGCCACGGAUUCCACCACGUCUACCGUCGAGAAUAGCGGCGACGUCACAGCGCGUUUUCCAAAGCCGUCCAAGGCGUUCAAUUUAGGAGACGUAGUGACUGACUGCACCAAAGUUUUGACCGAUGCCGAACGGGCUCAGCUUGAGGACCAGAACAAGCGCAUGGUAACGCCGUUCCAGGCACAAAAACUCGAACACGAGGCCCGCAAACAUUGGGAUUUGUUCUACAAACGCAACGAAACCCGCUUCUUCAAAGACCGCCACUGGACCACGCGGGAAUUUAGCGAGCUGCUGUCGGAGAGCAGCACCGACGUUCCCGGCACAUUAGCCGAUGGCCAGCGUAGAAAUGAUGCCAAAAACGAACCGAAAACACUCUUGGAAGUGGGCUGCGGUGUGGGUAAUCUGAUCUUUCCGCUGAUCGAGGAUGGCCACCGGGAUUACUUCAUCUUUGCGUGUGAUCUGUCACCACGUGCAGUGGAACUGGUACGGAAACAUAACCUCUACGACGAGCGUUACAUGCGGGCCUUUGCCUGCGACAUCACGACGCCGGAAGUGUUCGGCACGCUCGUUGAACACUCGCUCGACAUAGUUACACUCGUCUUUGUCCUUUCGGCGAUCCAUCCGGAAAAGUUACCCGCUACGGUGGCCAACAUAUUUCGGCUGAUGAAACCGGGCGGUAUGGUACUUUUCCGCGAUUACGGGCGGUACGAUAUGGCACAGUUACGGUUCAAAGCGGGCCACAAAAUCGGGGAGAAUUUCUACGUGCGCCAGGACGGAACUCGGAGCUACUAUUUCGCUGAGGAUGAAGUGGCGACACUGUUUCAACAAGCCGGCUUUGUGGUGCUGCUAAACAGCUACAUCCACAGGCGUACGAUAAACGCAAAGGAAAACAUCAAUGUGCCGCGAAUUUUCGUCCAGGGAAAGUUCCAAAAGCCACCACAAUGAAAGUC